AUGGAUCUCAAGACCGGAGAAGUCAUCGAAGACCUCGACGCCGCAGAAGUGUUUCUCCGCCAACACAAUUUCUCACACGCCUACCUUGCCGAGAUCCUUCAAGACGAAGCCGCUUGCAAAAAGCUCGUUCGCAAAGUCAAUUGGACAUUGAUGCCAUUGCUGUGCGGAACAUAUUUGCUACAAUAUAUCGAUAAACAAGCAUUGAGUUACUCUGCUGUCUUUGAUCUCUUCACCAGUACUGGCACUACCAGUGAUGAAUACUCUUGGUUGACGAGUAUAUUCUAUUUUGGCUACUUGGUGUCAGAAUGGCCCAGUAGUUACUUGGCGCAGCAUUUCCCAACUGGAACGGUCUUGAGUUGUUUCGUUACGAUUUGGGGUAGUGUGUUGAUGUUGACGGCGGCGUGUUCGAACUUUACUGGACUGGCGAUUUGCCGAUUCAUCUUGGGUUGCUUUGAAGCUCCAAUUACACCUUGCUUCAUGAUGUUGGUCGGCAUGUGGUUUACACGAAAGGAACAACCUUCUCGUGCGGGUAUCUUCUACUGCUUCAACGGCGUUGGAAGUAUGGUUGGUGGUAUCCUCUUCUAUGGUGUCGGUCAGCUCGACGGCUUUCCAGUCUGGAGAGUCAUCUUCUUGCUCUGUGGAGGCUUGACAAUCAUCUGGGGCAUUGUCCUAUUCUUCUUCCUCCCCAACAACAUCAUGACUGCAAAGUUCUUCUCGCCAGAGGAGAAAGCGUUGCUCAUCGCCCGCAGCCAGACCAACCGCACAGGAGUUUACAACCCCAAGAUCAAGAUGUCUCAGGUCAAGGAAGCCCUGUUGGACCCUCAGAUCUGGAUCUUGUUCUUGUUCGUGUUGUGCAACGAGGGAAUCAACGGAGGUUUCGCCAACUUCGGCAAGCUGAUCGUCAAGGGUAUCGCUCAUGGUGAUGCUCUAAAAACGACAGCAUAUGGCAUUCCAUCGGGUGGAUUUCAAGUAUUCUUCGUCUUCACCGGACCGUAUCUUGCGUCCAAGUUCAAGAACAUCCGCACAUAUAUUAUGGCGUUGUACCUCCUGCCAACAAUCAUCGGCACCAGUCUUGUUUGGAAGCUGCCGAGAAGCAACUCAAACGGUCUUCUGGUCUCAUACUACCUGAUUGGCUCAUUCGUCGCAUCCCUGGUACUGGCCCUGCAGAUGCCGGCGAACAACGUCGCAGGCUACACCAAGAGAGUCACGUCGACAGCAUUCGUGUUCCUGGCGUAUUGUAUUGGUAACAUCUGCGGACCCCAUGCUUUCCUGGCAGCCGAGGCACCCGUAUACCAGACAGGUUGCAAAUUCAUCAUCGCAUGCGCAGUAAUUCAAUUGGCUCUGGUAGUCGCUUUGAGAAUGUUGCUGAUGCAACGCAACAAGAAGAGAGAUGCAGAGUUCGGGCUCGUGUCUGACAUGGACACAAGUGAGGAGACGAUUGAAGAUCUGACAGAUUUCGAAAACCCUCGGUUCAGAUAUUCGUACUGA